AGCACUCCCCACCUCGCGUCAAACGUUCCCGGUACGGCAAGCGCGCGGUAUACACCUACGAUCCACCUUUUAUCGUUUCCUCCUCUGCUUAGGCCCGCGAGUCCUAGCCUCGGCGGCGAGCUUACCACGGAUAGGAGGGAGAGACAUACCUGUUGUUCAGCCAACGGUGUAACGAGAACGUGGCGGAGGAACACGCAUCAUCGUGUCUGUAUCGAGCUAAACUCGCAGCACUGCAUUAUCAGUUCUCCUCACCGCGCGGAUUUCAAGAGAGCCGCCUCUGUUGAGCGUCGUCGCGUGUUGGUCGAAUUCGUUUCCACUUUUGAACGGACCAUGAUGAGGAUCGUAAGUAAUAUUGCGUAUAUCCGUGAACGACGGGUGUGACGACACAGUGUUUUAUACUUUCUUGAACGAACUCCGUUGGAGCCACGAUAUCUACGAGUGAAAACAAUUCUGAUUCUACUGGUUUUCACAGUUCUCGCAGUGGUUUCGUCCCAGGACUACAAUCAACUGUUCGCAGGAUUCGGACCUUAUAUUAGGCAAGCGGUAGCGAUGCGAGAUCCACGAUCGAAUAGAGGUCCGGUACUGUUUCCUCCUGGCCCUCCGCCAAAUAACGAGGACACCAGCGGAGUGAUAGUGGGCGCGAGUGGAUACGGAUUCGUGCCGCCCAACCAAGCGAGCUCCUCGAUUUCAGAGAUAGCGGAGGGUCGACAGGCGGGCGUUUCAUUAAACGGAGCGAGUGUCAGGAUCGAGUGGCACACGUCGAGGGGUAUAUAGUACCCAGACGCGAUCCAUAUUUGUUAAUCUAUCGCGGAAGAGGAGGUCUUGACGAGAGGCAGCCAACAAAGGCGCGUCUGGAGCCGUCUGAUUAAUUUCGCAACGCGGAGAGGCCGACUCCGUUGGAAUACUAGAAGAUAAAUGAGAUCGUUCCGGGACAAUCGCGCAUCAAGCUGAUUGCGGGAUACGCAACAGCCCCGCUCGGAGGUCCGUCUAAAUUUCUAUCGACACGAACGAUAUAUAUAUAUAUCUCC